AUGGAAAUGAUUACUGCAAAAUCUGAAAUGGGCCCUGGAAGGCGUCGUUUGUGCAUGGCAGAAGGUGACAAUAUUGAGAUUAAGUGUAUUAAGAGACGUCGAAGAGACCCCUCCACUGGUUCACUAGGCUGCUACAAUCAACAAGGAGAACAACAGCAGCAACAAGGUGAUCAACCUACUGCCACCACAGUGAAGAGAAGUUCAAGAUUCCGGGGCGUCAGCAGACAUAGAUGGACUGGAAGGUUCGAAGCUCACUUAUGGGAUAAAGCUUCCUGGAAUCCAACACAAAGGAAGAAGGGAAAACAGGUUUAUCUUGGAGCUUAUGAUGAAGAAGAAUCUGCAGCAAGAGCCUAUGAUUUGGCUGCUAUUAAGUACUGGGGAACAUCAACUUUCACAAAUUUUCCGGUAUCUGAUUAUGAGAAGGAAAUUGAGAUAAUGAAAGCUGUAACAAAAGAGGAAUACUUAGCCUCUUUAAGAAGGAGAAGCAGUGGUUUCUCGAGGGGUGUUUCCAGGUACAGAGGUGUUGCAAGGCAUCAUCACAAUGGGAGAUGGGAGGCAAGAAUAGGGAGGGUGUUUGGAAACAAGUAUCUUUAUCUUGGCACUUACGGUACACAAGAGGAGGCUGCUCAUGCUUAUGAUAUUGCAGCAAUCGAGUACAGAGGGAUCAAUGCAGUAACCAACUUUGACCUAAGCACAUAUAUCAGAUGGCUAAAACCUGGAGCCAAUCAAACAACCUUAGUUUCUCAGCCCAUGACAGCAUCUAACCCUUUUCCGACCGAGCAGACACCUGACGUACCCCUCUUCAACUCCAAUCCUUUCACAGUAGAAGCCUUAGACAGCCCAAGGAAGCAAGAUGUUUUGCAAAAGAAGGCCCCUGUUAGUCCUUGUCCCAAGUCAUCUUCCCCCACUGCACUGAGCCUUCUGCUUAGGUCUUCAAUGUUUAACAAAUUAGUCGAGGAAAACUUGAAUGCUAACUUUGAUGUAACUGAAGAGAACGACACAAAAGAGCUACUGGAGAUAGUCGACAACAAUGGAGUGGGAGAUAUGUUCUAUAAUGAAAUUGAUCAUGUCCCAGACGCCCUUCCUGGUUUAGAAUCAGAAGAUGGUAAGCUGCCAUUAUAUAACAAAACUGGGCAGUUUACAUGGAAUGGUGCCUUAAACCUACCUUUGUUACAUUAA